AUUAUUCGAGUCACAGCUUGAGAUAGCCAAGAUCGCGGAGAUGAUCCACACAGCCUCCUUGGUCCACGAUGACGUCAUCGACGCCAGUGAUACCCGCCGCGGGAAACCCUCCGUGAAUUCGCUCUAUGGACAACGUAAGGCCGUGAUGGCUGGGGACUACAUCCUGUCUGUCGCCUCCGCGAUGCUGGCCAGGAUCCGCAACGAGGAGGUCAUCGUAAUACUGUCUCAGGUGCUUAGCGACCUGGUCCAGGGGGAGUUCAUGCAGUUGGGCUCGAAAGAGAACGAGAACGAGAGAUUUGCGCAUUACCUCAAGAAGAGCUUCAAGAAAACGGCGUCACUCUUGGCGUACUCCUGCAAAGCGGUAGCUCUGUUGUCAGGUGCAGAUGAGGAUCUGCAGGAAGUGGCCUUCCAGUAUGGCCGAAAUGUUGGUAUUGCUUUCCAGCUUCUUGAUGAUCUCCUCGAUUUGGUGGCUUCCUCCAACAUGAUGGGCAAGCCAACGGUCACAGACCUGAAGCUGGGGCUAGCUACAGCACCUGUUUUGUUUGCUUGUGAGAAGUUCCCUGAACUAAAUCCAAUGAUCAUGAGGAGAUUCCAAGAACCUGGAGAUGUACAGAAGGCAUUUGAGUUUGUGCACAAGAGUGAUGGAUUAGAACAAACUCAGUUUUUGGCUCGGCAGCAUUGUGAUGAGGCUGUCAGAGUCAUCAGUUCCCUCAAGCCAUCGAUAGAACAAAAGGCACUCAUCACCUUAACAGACAAAGUGCUCAACCGCGAGAAAUAGUGAAUGUACUCUAAAAUCAAUAGAACUUUUGUUGCUAAUCCACGCACAUGCACAGAAUCUGGCAGAUACAAGCAAGUUCAGGAUUAUCAAAUAGCCUGGUGAAGUCUAGUAGUGACCUUUGCUGCCUUUUUUGUUUGUACUAUAAUUGUUGAUUAUUUUAUCCAGUUGUAAGUAUUUGUUUCCUGUAUUAUUCUUCCUUUAAUUGCAGUUAAGGUAAUGCAGGGACACGUCUCGUAUUUUUUGCAUUGUAUGUAGUUACUGCAGUUAGACUACCAGGUUUCUCAAAGUUGAUAGACUGUAAAUAGGGGAAAAAAUUAUUUAAAAGCAUUUAUUUUUUUACUUCCACUCGGUAUGUCUGGUACAAAAUAUUAAACUAGAUAGCCACCAUUUCCAUUUGAAUCUUCCAUUUUUUGGCUGAAAAAGAGACUGCAUCUUCAUUGAGUGCUGACUCAAGAAGUACUAUAUUUUUUCUGGAAGACUGGAUGUGUUGCUAGCUC